AUGUCAUCCAGCAUCAAGCACAACCUCUCUCGUGUAAAGCUCAUUCACAACCCUAACUACCAGCGCUCUGGUAUCAAAUCCUACGUCUACCUGCUCAGAAAAUACAACUUCAUCCCUACUCUCGAUGGACCUUACUUCGUCGGCAAUGUUGUGGAGCAGCUCGGCAAGCCCAUCCUGGCCAGCAAGUUCGCUACUCACAUUGGCGGCAAGGCUCGUGUCAAACACAUUCUGAUGAAGAAGGAUCUCAGCACUGGUCACCAGGGCCAAGUCACGGCCGAAGACCAGCAGAACGAUUCUGAGUACCUCUGUCAAGUCUCCAUUGGUACCCCUGCUCAGACACUGACCCUCGAUUUCGACACUGGUUCAUCUGACCUUUGGGUCUGGUCUACCAGUCUUGAUCAGAGCACUCAAUCUCAAGGUGUUCAGGCUGGACACACCAUCUUUGACCCAUCACAGAGCAGCACCUGGCAGGACUCUCAAGGCAGCACUUGGCAGAUCUCCUACGGAGACCAGUCUUCGGCAAGCGGUACUGUGGGUACUGAUGUUGUCACCGUCGGCGGUCUCGCAAUCCAGAACCAGGCUGUCGAAAUCGCCAACCAGAUCUCUGCUCAGUUUGUCCAGAGCGCUGGUGAUGGUCUGUUGGGCCUGGCUUGGGGCUCCAUCAACACAGUCCAGCCUGAGCCUGUCAAUACUCCAGUCACCAACAUGAUUCAGCAGGAUGACAUCCCACAGAGUGCUGAACUCUUCACCGCCUACCUCUCUGGAGUCAAGAGUGGUGAAGACAGCUUCUACACAUUCGGCUACAUCGACACUUCUGUCACCAACGGCCAGACCGUCAACUACACCCCUGUUGACAACUCUCAAGGCUUCUGGCAAAUCUCAUCCACAUCCGCUCACGUCAAUGGCAAGCAAAUUCACCGUAACAACAACACUGCCAUCAUGGACACCGGCACCACUUUGUGCCUCGUCGACGACUCCCUGGUGAAGGCUGUCUACGCUGCCAUUCCUGGAUCCAAGUACGACUCAAGCCAACAGGGUUAUGUCUUCCCUACCAACACUGCUGCUUCUGAUCUUCCUGUUGUCACUGUUGCCAUUGGUGAUCACCAAUACACCAUCAACAAGGAUGCCCUGGGCUUUGCCGAUGCUGGAAAUGGCAUGACUUACGGUGGAAUUCAAAGCCGUGGCAACAUGACGAUGGACAUCUUUGGUGACGUGUGCUUGCGUAGCAUCUACGCUGUCUUCGAUCAGGGCAACCAGAGAUUCGGAGCUGUUCAGCGUGCUGAGACCUCGUCCACCUCCAGCUCUUGA